CAUUCUUCAGAGUGAAAGCCGGUUCCUCUGAGCACAGGGCCGUGUUAUUAAAGCCUUUGGAGGAGGAACAGCGUUUGUUUAAUUCGCUGCCAAAAGAAGCAACACAAAUGACUUUACUUUGAUGGUUGCACCUUAUUCCGCAUAAUAAAUGCUCCGAGCAACAAGCUCUUUAUUUCUUUUGUUCCACAGUGUUUAGGACAGUUCCAUCAUGCCAGUUAAACUGGUGAUGCCGCUUUAUCUGUCGAACGAUGACUUCCAGAGCAGGAUGUCUGUGAAGUGUAAGAUGCCUCUGCGUCCAUGUCUGCACAGGCGAACUGUAGCUCAGUUCGGCUUCCACUCUCCUCUUCAGCAGGCCGAGUCUCAGGAACAGAAACGCGGCAAGGCCAAAAAGCAGGUCUCCUUCGCCGACCACAAGGGCCUGUCCCUUGCUGUGGUGAAGAUUUUUUCUGAGUUCGACGACCAUAUCGACAUCCCGUUCAGCAUCCAGCAGCUUUUUGCUACGGCGCUUGAUGUCUCUGAGGAGGACGACAAGCUGGUGCUGGACUUCAAGCAGCCGAGCGCUGAUUACCUGCAGUUUCGCCAGCGGCUAGAGCAAGACUUGGUCUGUCUCGAGCAUUGUGUGCUGAAGGACCGGGCCAUUGCGGGGACAAUCAAAGUCAAAAACCUGUCCUACGAAAAGUCAGUGAAGGUGCGCAUCACGUUUGACACGUGGAAAAGCCACACUGACGUCGACUGCCAGUACGUCAACGACACGUACCUAGGCUCUGAUUGGGACACCUUCUCAUUCGAGGUAAAUUUACCAGCACUGAUGGAGCCUCAGGAGCGCGUGGAGUUUGCUGUGUUUUACGUGGUGGAUGGGACCACUCACUGGGACAGCAACCAGGGCCAGAACUAUAAAAUCACCCGCUCUGUUCUGAAGAAGAAGAGCAUGAGUGAUGCCUGUAACAGACAGCAGAACUACAGUGACUGGGACACAUACUUUGACCGAUUCGGCAGCCCGAGGUGCUCAAACGGCAUUUUUCCAGAGUGGCCGAGCUACACCGGGUACGAGGACCUCGGUCCGUAUUACUGAGACCGAGUCGACUGACUUCCAUCUAGCGUAAAUCCCUAAGAAAUAUUACACCAGAAAGUAAUCUUUUACAGUAAUAGAAGAUUUUUUUUCUUUUUCAAAAUAUGUAGUCAAUCAGUAAAGAUACAUAUUUGAUGUAAUAUUUUUGCACUGGAACAUAACAGAAGCACAUGACCACCAGUUUAGCAUCAUGACACCUUAAACUACUUCAUGGUUUUUGACUCUGUGCCACACGGUUAUCUAGAACCUUAUUUGUAUUUUCUAAUCUGUCUUGAGGCAAAUGAGUGAUUUUUAGGACCUAGACCUGCAGUUUACACAACACUAAACUGGAAAACAACAAUUUCUAGUUAUUGUUUUCAGUGGUCUGGAUAAACGAUCCGUCUACGUUUGAACCGCAUGCGUCAUGCAAAUACGGAGUGUCUGAGAUUUUGUGAAACGGAAUUUAGUUUGCUGCUGACUUUGACGAGCGCAUGAGCAACACUACAGACUGUUCAGUCAUAUGUUUAUACAGGAAUGUGUAGGGAGAUGUGUGCACUGCUCUGUACAGAAAAGCACACACAGUCUAAUAGAAAAAUCAUUAAAGGAAUUCACGGGUUAUAUUUUUUCAUCACUGACACGUUUGUAAAUCCUGAGCUGUAAGCUCCAGCAUUUAUAUUCAGCCAAAGCUCAGAACCGUCAGAAUGUGAAGCUAGAAAUACAUUAUGUAUUUUAUAACAUUAUUAUGUUUUUUGUUUGUUUGUGUAAUUACCUUCUUAACAAAGCAGGAAUACAGAUGUUAAUGAGUUCUUAUACAGUGUAUUAUGGUGUGUGUGUGUAUAUAUAAGGAUAUGGAAUUGGCAACUUGGGUCUGUUUGGUGUAAUUCGUUAUUCAGUUCAAAACAAUGCCAGUCAUCUUUUAUGUGCAAAAUAUGAUUUUAAGCAUUAACCUGUAGCAUCAUCCCUUUCAAGGAAAUUGUUCACUUUGUCUAGGCCUCCAGAAGCAGUGUUUUAUAUCAUCACAGUGUUAACAUUUUAUCAGGUUUUGUGUUUUGUCCCUUUUUUGGGUGAAUUUUAGAUAUAUUUUGCACACGACACAUUGGGAAAAUGUCAUGUAAAUGUUUUGGGAUGUUCUGUUAAUGCUUUUUUUUUUAAAGUGUUUUAAUUCAUUCAUUCAUUCAUUCACUGAGGAAUAAAGAAUUGUAUUUCUAAA